AUGUGCGGCGACUGCUGUGAACACGAGAAGGAUGUGAAGCAGGACAGAGGCGUCCUGAGCAACCCGAGACGAAACCGAGGCUGCACGGACAUCUUCGUCUUUUUGGUGUUCGUCUUUUUUCUCUGCGGAAUGAUUUUCAUCGGCGCUUUCUCGAUCAGCAAGGGCGACCCGUUCCGGCUGGUCUACGGCACGGAUAGUUUCGGCAACACUUGUGACGAGGAUAACUCGGACAGGGCAGUAGCCGGUGUCCGGAACUCUGGCCGGAAUCUCAAGGGCAGACAAUACCUGUUUUUUAUGAACCUGGAGGAAGUGGACACCUCAAUGAGGAUCUGCGUCAACAAAUGUCCCGAGAAUAACCUGGUGACCUCGCGAGAUCUCUUCGACUUCUCCCAGCAGACUGGGUCGUUGCUGUGCCGUUAUGAUGUUGGACUUGGCGAAUACGACUACACAAAUAGAUCCACUCAGGGCCCUUGUCCCGUGCUACCCAUCUACAAAAGCGCUCCCCUCCUCAACCGCUGCAUCCCCUCUGACCUGGUCCACAUCAAGGACUGGCUGAAGACCAACGUGGCCAACAACAUCAUCGCCUACAUCAACAACAGCUCCAUCUUCCACAAAGCCUUGAGGGACUUAUACGCCAGCUGGACUAUCAUCAUCGCCCUGUGCUUUCUGGCCGCAGCUUUCUCAAUUUUUUUGGUUCUACUGAUCCGAUUUUUGGCUUCAAUUGUGGCAUGGCUCAUUGUCGCAUUUGCAGGAAUGGCCAGUUUGGUGGGGACAUCAUUUAUGUGGUGGACAUUCAUCUCCAACAAGAACAAGCUGGACAAGGAGGAGGAGCUGAAGAUCCCACUUCUUGAGGUGGACAUCAACAGCGAGUUUGCCUUCCUGACUUUUUCUGUGGCUGGUACAGCUCUAACUGUGACCCUCCUCCUGAUCAUUGUUGCCCUGAGAAAGAAGAUUGCCCUGGUGGGCUACUUGCUGAAGGAAGCGGGUUCCUGCGUGUCCUACAUGCCAAUGUUGUUGCUUCAGCCUGUGUGGACUUUUAUCUUACUACUGAUGUUUUUCGUUUACUGGGUCACUGUGCUGGCUUUCUUGUGUACUGCAGAGACGCCCAGUGUGACGGAGCUUGGUUUUGUGACUUUCAAGGAGCACGAAACUGUGUCUUACUUCUGGUGGUAUCAUCUUGUUGGCUUGAUCUGGGUCAGCGAGUUUAUUAUCGCCUGCCAGUCAUUUAUUAUUUCUGGAGCAGUAGCACGCUGGUAUUUUACCAGAGACAAGAGUCAACUUGGCUUUCCUAUCUUGGGCACCUUAGGUCGUCUCAUUUUAUUCCAUCAAGGUUCGGUUGCAUUCGGAGCUUUGAUACUUACAAUUGUCAAAGUCCCCAGAUCAAUACUUAUAUUUAUAACUAAACGAAUGAAGAAUUCUGAAAAUGCCUGUGGCAGAUUUUGUCUCCGAUGUUGUUGCUGCUGUGUGUGGUGUGUGGAUAAGUGCCUACGAUAUCUGUCAUCGAGUGCAUACACUGUUGUUGCAAUUAAUGGCAAAAACUUUUGCACAUCUGCCAAAAAGGGCUAUGGUGUGUUGAUGGGAAAUGAACUGCGUGUGUCAGCGGUCGAUGGUGCUGCCGAUUUUAUUCUCUUCCUGGGCAAAGUCUCUGUGAUGACUGCCACAACGGCUAUUGGUGUCAUCUGGUUUAAGAGUUACGAUGAGCUCCAUUUUUAUGCUGUCCCGGUGCUGCUGGUGUCCAUCUUGUCAUUCUUCAUCGCUCACUGCUUCCUUUCAACAUACCAGAUGAUUCUCCAUGCACUGUUGUUGUGCUUCUGUGAAGAUCGAGACUUGAAUGAUGGGUCAGCUGAGCGACCAUACUUCGGUAGCAGUACUUUUAUGAUUCAUGUAACAGAAUGCAGCAGUGCCUUGAAUGAUUUGCUGAAGAAGAAACAAGACUUCAUCUCAGAACCAGAAUUAGAGCCAGCUCAAGUCUAG